AUGGAGUCAAAUUCGAAACGCCGCAAGAUAGACCAUGCUGGGUAUGGCCUAAGACACGAUGCCCUCAUUGAUUUUGAGGCUCGCAGUUCUGCUCGUGUUUCAACCGCUAGCACGUUCGUGCUCCAAACCGACGAGCUUCUGAAAGAAGCAAAGCUCGAUUACGGAAAGGCAUUGAAGGGAGUCGAUGAACAUCUCCAUCGACUAAAGGAGGCCAUUGACAAUGCAACGCCGCAUGGCCCCGAACCUAUCACCCAAAUCACCACUCACUUUGAGAAGAAGCAUCGCAUAGUCAUUCCAUACCCCGAACCGAAGCCCGCAAAAGACGCGCCCUACAAACUUUCCUACGAGAAGCCAGCUUCCUACAAUGUCGUCGGCAGUUAUGUCGCCAAGACCAUGGUCAAGUCUCAGACGCAUGGAAUCGACAUGGUAGUCCAAAUGCCCAAAACCAUGUUCCAGGAGAAAGAUUUUACGAGCAUGCGCUACUUCUAUCGAAGAGCCUACUAUAUCGCCUACAUCGCGGCUAGCGUUAAGAAAGAGUUGGAUGAUUCGAUGGACAUCAGUUUCGAAUACUUGAAUGAGAACCCGCUUUUGCCUGUACUCGCACUUCGACCCAAGCCCGAAGAGGAGGACGAGAAUAAUGAGACCAAGGAAAAGGCUUCCAAGAAGAAAAAGGCAAAGGCCUCCAAAUCCCCGUAUACCAUCCGACUUAUUCCCUGUGCGCCCGAGGGACUCUUCCCUAGAUCAAAGUUGCUUCCUACUUCUAACAACAACCGAAGUGGUGAAACUAACGACAAGACGACCAAGUCCGGCACUCCCUUCUACAACUCUACCUUGAAAGCAGAAGAAACAUUCAUUUCCUAUUUGCGCGUCCUUACACACGCCAAGAAUGAGUGUCCAGGUUUGACUGAUGCCUGUGUGCUGGGACGAAUCUGGUUGCAACAGAGAGGCUUCGGCAGUUCUUUGUCUCAAGGUGGCUUUGGCCAUUUUGAAUGGUCCGUCAUGGUCGCUUUGCUGCUCCAGAUGGGUGGACGCAAUGGAAAGGCCUUACUUUCCAACUCUCUCAGUAGUACUGAGCUUUUCAAGGCUGCCGUUCAAUUCCUCUCGACCACCGAUUUUAACGAAAAGGCAUUCGUUUUUGGCUCUUCCAAGUUAAGCGCCGAUAGCGUUCGAGAAGUUGGUCCUGUCAUGUACGAUCCUAUCAGAGAACUCAAUGUCAUGUCAAAGAUGAGUCCCUGGUCUGCCAGCCUCCUUCAGAUGCACGCCAAAUCAACCACAGAUAACUUCGCCGACGAAGCUGCCGACAAGUUUGCCUCUACGUUUAUCAUCAAGUCAGAUGCACCCCUCCAGACGUUUGACGCCAUCUUUGAGCUCAAGACCCACGGUUCUAAGCCUUUGGACUCACCUGACUGUAGAGGAUCUGUUUGGGAUUUUAGCUUGGAAGCCCACAAAGUGCUCAAGAAGGCAUAUGGUAAUCGAUCCCACCUCUUGCAUUUCCAGUUGCCUUCAAAGGCCGGUUGGAAACUGGGCUCCGCACCACCUUCAGACUCUGGCAAAGUUCAGUUUGGCGUAAUGUUCGAGUUUGCCCAAAUGGGUCGUCAAAUGGAGCAUGGUCCCCCAGCUGAAGAACCAGAGGAAGCUGCAAAGUUCCGUCGAUUCUGGGGCGAGAAGGCUGAGUUGCGUCGCUUCAAGGAUGGAAGUAUUCUUGAGUGCGUUGAGUGGUCAAGCAAGGUGCCAUUCCAGAUCUGUGAGGAGAUUGCUGAGCAUACCUUGAAGCGUCACCUCAAGAUCGACAGCGGAGACAUUUCUGCAUUUGGUGCAGGUUUCUCUAACAUAGUCACCUUCUCACAUAUGGAUAAGGAGGCUUUUGACGCUGCCCGACGAGCUUUCCAAACCCUCGAAUACGAUAUUCGAAAUCUCGAAGAUUUGCCAUUGCAGAUCCGACAACUUUCAGCAGUAUCACCAGCUGCCAGAUACGCUUCCAUCGAUGCUCCCACUCCCGGAUUCCACACAGGAACCAUCGAGCCUAUUGAUGUCAACCUUUACUUUGAGGCAUCAGGCCGGUGGCCGGAGAAUUUGGUAGCUAUCCAAGAGACCAAGAUCGAAUUUCUACUCGAUUUCGAUAGGCGUCUUACAUCGACCAAAGAGAACAUCAAAACUUACCUUGGCCGAGACAACAAGGAGAUUGGUAUCGAGAAUUUGGCUUAUCUCGAUAUAGUCUAUGAUACUGGAGCAGCAUUCCGGUUGAGAAUUCAUGCUGAUCUAGAAGACAUCCUGCUCGAGCGACAGAUCAAGAACAAGACACUUGACCCUCGUAUCCGUGAGGAGUCAGAAGAGGUCCUUGCUCGAACUAAGUGGUUCUUCGAGACCCUGCCCAUCCAUACACAAACUAUCGCAACUUUCUGCACUAGACUUCACCCUCUGUCCCAGACCAUUCGCUUGGUGAAGCAAUGGUUCAACGCCCACAAGCUCUCAGGCCACAUCAGCGAAGAGCUCGUUGAACUCUUUGUCCUGAACGUCUUUUUGCAACCCUACCCUUGGCGCGCACCCACGAGUGCUUCAACCGGCUUCUUGCGCACCUUGACUUUCCUAUCUCGGUGGGAUUGGCGUGAUGAGCCUUUGAUUGUCGAUUCGGCCGAGGAGUUGACAGAUGACGACAGACACACCAUCCGUAGCGAGCUUGAGGCUUGGCGCAAGAAGGACCCGAACAUGAACCACACAGUCGUGUUUGUUGCCACUUCUGUUGAUACGUCUGGCUUGGCCUACACUCGUAACGGACCCUCUAAGCUCAUUGCUUCGCGCAUGACACGAUUGGCCAAGGCCGCAUGCAAACUUGUCAAAGACAGCGGCUACCGUAUUGACGCUACCGAUCUUUUUGAUACAUCACUUGAGGACUACGAUGUUCUUUUCCAUCUUUCCCGCAAGGCCACUCGCUCAAUUCUUCGAGAGGCAGCUUCCGACCCUUCAGCUCGCCGCCAUUCCCAAUUCAAGAACCUUGACGAACGAACAGGUCGUGCACCCCUCCCCAUCCGGACUCACCCUGUCGAUGCCUUUAUGCAGGAGCUCCAGCGUGUGUAUGAGGACACACUUGUCUUCUUCAGAGGAACCCACAAUAGUGACGAAGAUGAUGCUGUCAUUGGCGCCAUAUGGAACCCGAAGCUCCAGCAGCAAAAGUUCCGAGCUGGUCUGCCUUAUAACUUCCUCAAGGUCGCCGGCGAAGAUGGCGAUGUUGUGGCGGUGAAUCGAAAAGCUGUGUUGUCGGAAAUUGCAAGAAUUGGAGGCGAUAUGAUUAGGAAGAUUGAAGAGGUCGAGUAA